CUCACCCGGAAGCGGAAGCAGUCGGGUUUCCAUGGCGGCGGCUGUGGUGGCUGAGGCUCCCGUGCUAUGGCGGCGGCUGCUAGAUUAUUUGCCCCGGGGGAGACCUGCCUUGGCUGCUCUGUUCGGCCGGCUGUCGGACCGCCUGACCCGGGGCCGGGAGCGCCGCGCACGCAGGUGAGGGAGGGUGGCCGGCAGGCCGGUUUUUCACCUGCGGCGGCUCCUGCAUUUUUUUCCAGGGAGGGCUCGCGCUUAAGAGAUUCAGAGACUAUCUUGGGCUGGGCGCCUUCCUAGUGGAAAGUAACUGUCGCUAAGGUUGUGUCGGCGUCGUGUUUAAGUGCAUGUUGGCGUGUGUGGGAGGGGGAGACUGAAUGAUAGGGGCGGGACGGGAUAGUCCUUGAGAGUAAAGUCUGGGGUACCCUGUAAAGUGGGUAUGGGGAGGGCCAGUUGUAGUACCUGCGUGUAUUUCUGUAGGAAGGGAGAAAAGAAUAAGGUACUGUCGGCCAAAGAGAAGCUCGUCGGCGUAUACAGUGGUACCUCUGGUUAAGAACUUAAUUCGUUCUGGAGGUCUGUUCUUAACCUGAAACUGUUCUUAACCUGAAGCACCAUUUUAGCUAAUGGGGCCUCCUGCUGCACCACCGGAGCACGAUUUCUGUUCUCAACCUGAAGCAAAGUUCUUAACCUGAGGUACUAUUUCUGGAUUAGCGGAGUCUGUAACCUGAAGCGUAUGUAACCCAAGGUACCACUGUAUUUUUAUUUGGUGGAAAUGUGUACUCCUGCUGUACUUAGAGAUUUGCAGAGUGGCUAGCAGUAAACGCAACAAAGCAAUCAGAGCAACUUAAGAGGAGCAGAAGGUAAAAACCACAGCAUUCCAAAAACCCUAGGGGACGAUUUAAAGCCUGGUUCAGCUAAUGUUUAAAAAAAGGAUUGAGCUGGAGGUCUUUUUAACUCAUGGUUCUCCUGCAGUCCUCAAAAUGGAAGCUCUUGUGUUCAUGCCAAGUGGAGCCUUUUCGCAUCAUAUGGCAACAUUUGUGCUGCAGAUAGGAGUUGCAGUAGUGUUGCGCUAGUGUUUCCAACAGCAAAUGCAUAAAAUGUACGGAACAUAUGUGCAUCUUUAACUAAGAGUGUCUGGGAACCCUAAUUAGACUGCAGUUUCUUGAUGUGUGUGUGUGUGCGUUUGCUGUAAGAAACACAGGUGUGUACACAGCACUUUUUCAUGUAAAGGUUUGCAGCUGUUAUCAACUCUUCCUGCCAGCAUGGGGCUAAAAGGAUAACUUUGGAAUUCAGGUGAUUGUGUUUGAAGCAUCUUGUGAUAAGGCUACAGUUUCAGCACUUCAGUAUAAAUUAGUUUCCUUUUGCUAAAAUUCAGGAAGCUUCCAGACCAAAUUCAGGAAGCUUCCAGACCAUUGCUGGACCAUUCCAGACCAGGAAGGGGAGAAGGGGCUGUUGGAUGCUGCAGCGAUGGCGGUGGCUUCUUGGUGCUGAGCGAGGAAAGGCCAUGCCGAGCAGGAAUGUCGCUGCUGCUCCCUGGCUCUGGGCCCCUCUGCCACCAGCGUCUCAGCAUCAAUGCCCCCCAUCUCUGCUUCCACCUUUAGCCCAGAUCCUUGAGGACUGGCAUCAUGUUCUGGAGGAUGGCACCUCAGGAAGGGCUGGUGGGGGUGGAAGAGGGAGCCUCUUCCUUACCCAAAACCCUGGGGAGCCGCUGCUGGUCCGCGUCGGCAACAGUGCUUUCGGUGGAGCUGCCGGGCCGACUCGUGAGGAGGUCCCCAAAGGCAGCGCACCUCAGGGGAGAAGGAGGCCGAAGGCGCACCGAUAAUCUCCACUCCUUGGGGAGGGAGGCAUGCGCAAAGCGAAAGGAAACUCAACCUGGAUUGGGCUCGCCGCCAUGGACUCCCCUCCCGGCACCCUCCCAUCUCUAUCCACCACAGGAUCCUAAGAACAAGUGACGCCCCCCCCCCUUGCCCGGAUAAACACCCUCGCCGCCGCACAUCCCUCUCCCAAGUCCCAACAGGGGUCUCCAAACUGCGCUUUGGCGCAUGGCAGCUGGCAUCUCUUGUUCCUCUCUCUUUCUCUCCCUCCGUCUUCUAACCCGGAAGCAUCAAUGGCCCCCUGCAGCAUCAACAGCCCCCUUCUCCGCUUCCUGGUGCUGAGCAAGGGAAGGCCGUGCUGAAAAGGAAUGUCACUGCCUCUCCCCAGCCCUCAUUUCCAGGUUAGAAGUGUUCGUAUUCCAAGUAGUUCGUUAACUAGGCUGUUCGUAGACCAGGGUACCACUGUAUUUGAUUGGGAGGUCUUGUGCAAUAAAUUGACAUGCAGAAAAAAUCAUAUCCUUGUGAUAAGAAAUGUGAUGAGGAAAUGCAAUGGGUGAGAUAAAACUUGUCGGACCUCCCUGCUAGCAAGUCAGAAUGAAUGCUUAAUAAGCAGGUAGACUGGAGAAGACUGCAUUGCCUCCUUGAAUUAUGUACUGUAUUAUGUUUGUGAGAAACAUGAUAUACAUCAUUGGUGCAUGAAUGUUUUGAAAUCCUGGCGUGUGUCUGGACAUGUUUUCAUUAUGUGUAUGACUGGGGAACGUGCCACUUGCUCAUACUUUACUGCUUUGCUUAAUACAUUGUCUUCAUGAAAUUAACCAUCAUGGGCAUACUGUUGAAACUGUACAGAGUAAAGAGGAGUAAAAUUCAUGCAAUCUGCUUUUUAAAAAGAUCCCAUGUACCUCACCAGACAUUCUUUUCGUGAAUUUGGUAUUAACACCUUACAUGUUUCAUUCUUUUGUGGAAACGCUACAGAAAACAAGAUUUUUCCUGUACUAAAGCUGUUUACUUUGAAUGUGAUGCUUCUUGGAAAUAGCAUUCCGUGAUUCCUAAAAGCUCAGGAGUUUAUUGUUGGCUUAAUUCUUUUCCCUGUAUGGUAAUUUUUGUUCUUGUUCAAGCUUCUCCAGAUCUUCCUCAUCCAAGGACUAGGUUACCUCUUUUUGCAUAUAAUGUGAUGAUUUGGUAAAAUGCGCUUUCUAUUUGAAAAGCAUUUAUUAUGAACAACCUUGUUAUACAGCUGUGAAAGAUUCUGGCAUUUACAAAGAGUUUCCUUUUAUUGAAUCAGACUAUUGAUGCAUCAAGCCUAGGGGGCAGCAACCUUUCUCAGCCGUGGGCUGGUCCACCGUCCCUCAGACAAUGUGGUAGGCUGGACUAUAUUUUGAAAAAAUAAGUAAAUGGAUGAAUUCCUAUGCCCCACAAAUAACCCAGAGAUGCAUUUUAAAUACCGUAAUUUUUGCUCUAUAAGACUCACUUUUUCCCUCCUAAAAAGUAAGGGGAAAUGUCUGUGCGUCUUAUGGAGCGAAUGCAGCCUGCGCAGCUAUCCCAGAAGCCAGAACAGCAAGAGGGAUUGCUGCUUUCACUGCGCAGUGAUCCCUCUUGCUGUUCUGGCUUCUGAGAUUCAGAAUAUUUUUUUCUUGUUUUCCUCCUCCAAAAACUAGGUGCGUCUUAUGGUCUGGUGCGUCUUAUAGAGCGAAAAAUACGGUAAAAGGACACAUUCUACUCAUGUAAAAACACGCUGAUUCCCGGACCGUACGUGGGCCAGAUUUAGAAGGCGGUUGGGCUUCAUCCGGCCCACGGGCCUUAGGUUGCCUACCCCUGAUCUAGCCCAACAUCCAUUUUGAUAUUGUAGCACUUGGCAAGCCGCCUAUCACACUUGAAUUGACUUGGAAAUAAGUGAAGCUAUAUUUUUCUGCCCCCAUUGGGAAAUGGUUUGGCGUAUUUCUGAUAUCACCAAAUACUCUUCUGCCACUCUCUCUUCUCUCCCUCCUCAACUAGCUAAUGCUGUGGUGCUGGUGGCAAGCUGGGAAGAAACAGCAAGAAUAGCAUUUCCUUGCUGUUUCAGCUCUCCAGAUUUGUAGUUUUCUCAAUAAACUACUGAUACUGUGGUAGCCUUUGGGAAAACUACCUUUGCCACAGGUAAUUUUGCCUGGUGAAAGAAGAAGGGAAUAACUUCUGCUUGUAACUUGAGCAUCAGCUGUGGGGUUUAGAUGGGGAAUGGCUGGGUAGUAGACUAGGACAUUGUCUCUGGGUUGGAGUAUAGUUUGAACUUGAGGAGGGUUUAAGGGUAAAAAUAUACUCCUUGUAUUUGAGGCAAGCACUGUGAGCCUCAGCGACUCAUAUUUCCAAGUUUCAGGAUCUUGGUAAUGUCUCUGACUACAGACACAUGCUUUGAAUAGCGCAUGGAGCUGGGAGGUGUCUCUGCUUAUUGGCAAAAAAGGGUUUAGCAGUAAUACAAGGUGUGAGUGGCUGAUUUACCAUCUUCUGGCUAUGACAAAGGUCCGUCAGUAAGGGCUGAAAGAUUGUGUGAGGUGUGGUUGGAGGGAGAUUUAAGGCGGGGGCUACAUCUGUGUGUGAGACUGGCUACAUAGAACUACUGGUUUUGAUUUAUAAUUGUAUAUAACUAUAUUGUCAUCAAAUCCUUAUAACCUUUUUUUUGAAAGUUAAUAAAUAUUUAAUAAAAAAGAAGUGAUUUUUGAGAUUGAUUGGCAUUAGUUUCAGAGUUGGGCUGCAAAAUUAAACCUUGCUCCUGCAUGUAAGUAGCCAUGUUUAUUUGACUUUUCUUGAUCAAUGAAUCCAGUGCUUAUUUUGCUCAUUUUUGACAUAUUAGCGUUGCAACUAUAUUUAUGUCCCAAGGCAGCUUAUUCUCCACUUGUUUUAUGAUUUUCUUUUUGUACUGCAAUCUUUUUUAUGUCAGCUAUUUGGAAAGGUCCCCUCGGGCUUUCUGCUGUUUCUGUAGCCAUCUGGCAGCAGGCCUUUUAUUUUCUUCGUAAACCUUAAAAAUGCAAAAGUGAAGGACUGGAGAAGCACAGCUGGAGUGCUCAUUUGGUUGUUAGGUGAUUGCGGAAGUUUGGCUGCUUUUUUUGUUUCUGUGCAAAAGCAUAUAUAAAUAAUAAAAAUAUAGUAAUGCUCUCAAACUUCACAUAACUGUCAGCUGCAGAUGUAAUGGGUUCAGUGUGAAAUAAUGAAUUUGGUGCUGUGACAUAACUUCUCUCAAGAAUUUACUUUGGAAGAAUGAGACAUCAUUUGUUUUUAGAAUGUUUUUAGAAUGUUGGAUUAUUUGAUUGUUUGAUUAUUUGAUUGUUGUUAGCCGCCCUGAGCCCGGCUUUGGCUGGGGAGGGCGGGAUAUAAAUAAAAUUUAUUAUUAUUAUUAUUAUUAUUAUUUUUGGCAUGUUCAUUACUAUCAACCCACUCUUCACUCAUUUACUUAACAAUAUACCAGAAACUUACGUUUAUCUGUUUCAGACAGUUUGGGGCAACCAAAAUAGUAAUGCUUGUGAAUCAACGUUUUCUCUGUUUUGCAUCUCUGGUAUCGGUUGCUCUCUUUCAUAUGUCAAAUUUACUAGCAUCCUGUAACUAACUAGAAACAGUUUCCCCUGAUCUGCGGCUAAAUUCAACUCUGUAUUUCUCUUACAUGUUCAUUUUCAGGUAAAAUCAGUGCUUUUUUUCUGUGGGGGGGGAUGCAGGGGUACGCGUACACCUAAACAUCUUUAUACUUUUGACCAUUUACUGUAUUUAUUUCCCCCGAUUUGGACUAUAAAAUGCUGAUUUUCUUGAGAAAAUGAGAGUACCCCUAAACAUUUUUUAAACAAAAGCACAGGGUAAGAUGAUACAUAACAUAUAGUACAUAAUAGAUCCUAAGGAAUGUCAAGGCUAUUUGCCCUUUUCAAGAACUAUGGAAGGCAAUAAGAAGUAGUAUGGAGGAGAUUGUAACUAGUGUGCUUUUUCUUGUUAGAACCUCCCCCCGACCCUAUUGUAAUUUGCAGAAUUCCUGAAAAGAGCUUAUAUAGUUAUAUAGUUGCUCCAAACAUGGGUUAUCAAAUUGAUAAGGUUAAUAAUAUAUGAUUAACAUAUAUUUGUGAGAGAAUAUAUUCUGUGGGAGUGAUAUGCUACUGUUUUUUACUGGUUAAUGGAGGAAACAGCAGGCUAGGGCAUCUCAUUUGGCCAUGAGACAAUGACUUACAUUGCAGCAGCUUUUGGCUAUAAGCACUAAACUUGACUGACUGACUAUGACAUAGGGUCACACUAGGUGUGAAAACUUCCACAGAGCUUUUCAUUAAGGGUGAUUUGCAAUAACAGGAUGCUAUAAUGGAGCCAUGUGUGUUUUUGGUGCCUGGCUCCUAUUUUCAGGAAUUCUCUCAGAACUAAUGUUAUAUAUUUUUUCAACUACAUGUUUUAGAAUUGCUCGUCAGACAUUUUGUUUGUCCCCCCCCCAACACUCCCCAAGUCUUAGAGCUUGAGUUUUGAUCUCUAAACACCAUUUACCGUAUUUUUCAGUGUGGUAAACCCAGACCCAUUUUCAUAUGUCCACUAGGUGCACUCAUUUAUAUCUUUGAAACAGUUGCCUUUAGUUUUGCUGUUCCAGAAUGACCACCUUAAAGUCAGUUACAGAGUGUCCUGAGGAAAAUUGCCAUCUGAAAUAAAUCAGUGUGAGAACAUUUCAGCCUCCCAGGACAUUCUGUAACUGACUUUAAAAGUGUCCAUUCUAGAACAUAGGUACUUCAAAGGAAGAACGCAGCUUGAAACAAAUGAAACUGUUGAGUUGCAAUUCAUCAAUAAGUUCAAUGCCGUUGCUUGUUUGUUAAAAUGAAACAAAGAAUUUUUAUCACAAUACAUAUCCAUUUGUUGGAUAUCUGUCCUGUCUAUGACUGAUUCUUGCUCAUGGUUCUCUGCCUAGAGGUGUGAAUAUAGUAGUCCAAGCAAUUAUCAGCAAUCUGCUCUUGCAGAGUAUAAAAUAUGUUUCUGUGUAACAUAUAUUUAAGCUCUAAUUGUCACUGUAAUUUUUGCACCUUGUUGCCAUUCAACUCUCACUUAAUAAUCUCCUUUAGAUACUGUAACUGCCAACUAAGUCUUCAUGCAUCUGGUGAAGUGAGCUUGGGUCCCUGAAAGCUUGUGCUUUGAUAAAAAGUGAUAAAAUUUGAUAAAGAAUCUUUAAUUGUUUUUAUGUGUAAUGAUCGGUAUAAAACAGCAGUGGUUGUCUGUGCAACAUUUGGCCCACGUUCUGAUAAUUAAUUUUAUUAGAUUUAUAUCCUACCCUGCCUCCCAAAGAAGCCCAGAAUAGUUUGCAAAGAUUUCAAAGAGCAGGUGAUGAAACUGACGAGACUUUGGAGCGCAUUUCUGAAAUUAAACUCUCAUUAUCAUGAAUUCCCUUUCCCACGAUGAAGUGACUGGAGACUAGUUGCAGAGACGAGUGAGGGCAAUGUUGUGUCACUGUGACAUACCCUCCCAUGGGCCAUUUUUGCACAGUUACUGGAACUCUGUGUUACUUAGCCUAAGGCUGCAUUCAAAAUCCCGUCACAGUAAUUAAAAAUCCCAUAACAAUAGAGAGAAUUAGUAAGCAUCCAACUUACUGUUUCAUAAUUAGGAAGGCUAGCAUUAUCUGUUGAUGGUAAAUAGAGAACAAAAAUAACAGUGGAUACACGUGGAUGAGAUGCCCAUCAUGUCACAUGAAACAGUAAAGCAAUGUUUCACAAACUUGGGUCUCCAGCAGUUGUUUAAACUACAACUCUGAUCAUCCCUAGCUAGCAGGACCAGUGGUCAGGGAUGAUGGGAAUUGUAGUCCAACAACAGCUGAAGACCCAAGUUAGAGAAACAUGGUUGUGAAGGUGAACACAAGGAGGAAAUAUAACAACACAACAAAAUAUCAGACAUGAAAAACUUCCCGAUACAGGACUGCCUUCAGAUAAUUGUUUAUCUCUCUGACAUCUGAUGGCAGGGCAUUCCACAGUGCUGGGCGGCCUUCUGCCUGGUUUCCUGUAACCUCCAGUGAGGGAACCAGCAAAAGAAUGUGGAGACGCUCCUUCAGGUAUAUGGAGAUGAAACUGUAGUGGAUGCCAAUCCACACUUUAUGAGUAUCACAUGGAUAUGGCCAUUUAAACAUGGUAACACUACCUGGAAUGUGCUUUCCUACAUGUGAUUUUUUUGCCCGUGGGUUAGCAACAGAUUUCUUCCUUCUGUUGGAAGCCAUCCAGAGUGGCUUGGGCAACUCAGUCAGAUGGGCAGGGUACAAUUAAUAAAUUAUUUUAUGUUAUAAGUAAUCAAGGCUUGGUAUUUUUAAAAAUUGCAUGCUAUGCUAUUCCUGUAAUCCAGCAACUGUACCCAUUUGAAGUUCAUUAAGGUUCAUGUUAAAAUUUGUAAUAUCUUUUGACUCAGUAAACAUCGACUACAAAGAAGCUAAGGAUGGAAUUCAAAACUGUGCUAUGUUCAAUGUUCCGUUGGCAUAAUCAUAUCAAUUUGUCAGAUGGAACGAUUCAACCCACCCCCUUUGUUCUGGGGGAUCUCUUGCCCUGAGCCAAUUUUGGAGGGGGGAGGGAGGAGAAAGCCCUGUUGUUUAAGCAGAAGACCAUGCUUCUGCUGAUAGGGUUCAUUAUGUGAAUCCUACCUUAAGUUCCUGUCCUUCAUUUUACUAGCAGUAAGAAAGCAAAUCUAUGUGGAACAUCCAUGUAUAAAUAAGAGUGCGUACAGCUUGUAUGCUGAUUUAAAGCUACAAAAACAACUGAAAUCUCAAGGAAAAUAUUAACCUCUUCCUGCUGAUUAUUGCUUCUCUGCUCAGGUGGCAGGGUCAGGAGAAACAAAUUUCUGCCGGUGUUUUCACAUAAAGCAGGUGCUUUUUGUCCAGGGUAUUGAAUUACAGAACUUUCCCAGAAUUCACAUAGCAAGCAAAGACUGUAGAUGUUUGCUUUGGAGAUGCAGCAUUAAAUGCUGCAAGCAUUUAUAUGCUGGUCUCCAGCCCCAAGGGUUCCCAUGGUGUCUAACAAUUAAAACAAUAAUGCACAUAUGCCAGACAUGAAAGAGAUUCUCGGAAAUAAAGUCACAGUCUUUUGUACAAUUGCCCCUUCUCAAGAAACUAAACUUGUCAGCAUAAAAUUUAGAUGGUGAAGAAGAAAAAAGAGAAGAUUGAAUUUUCUUUGAUUGCCCAUGAAAUGCACCAGCGUUUCAUCAUGUUUUCAUUUGUACAGUGGUGCCUCGCAAGACGAAAUUAAUCCGUUCCGCGAGAGUCUUCGUCUAGCGGUUUUUUCGUCUUGCGAAGCAAGCCCAUUGACGGAUUAGCGCUAUUAGCGCUAUUAGCGGUUUAGCGGCUAUUAAAGGCUUAAAGGCUUAGGGAUUAGCUGCUAAAAGGCUAUUAAAGGCUAUUAAAGGCUUAGCAGAUUAGAUAAAGGGGGAAAAGCAAAAAAAAAAAUUCUAGACUCGCAAGGUAUUUUCGUCUUGCGAAGCAAGCCCAUAGGGGAAUUCGUCCUGCGAAGCAACUUCAAAACGGAAAACCCUUUCGUCUAGCGGUUUUUCCGUCUUGCGAGGCAUUCGUCUUGCGGGGCACCACUGUAAUAGUUUUUUGAAUCAGUGUAAUGCUUUAGCAUCUUCAAGAUUCAGUCAAACUUUCCUAAUUAGUAUUGUGGUCUAGAGGCUUGACUGUGGAAUUUGGAAAUCCUGGGCCAAAUGCAAAAUGCUGCAGUGUGUUAUCCUCCAUUUCAGCAGCAUAAUGGGAACAGCGGCUUAACUUGCCAGGUUCCUUAAAGGACAAAACAUAAUGUGUGCAUGGUACAAAAUGCUUUGCAUACAAUGAACAAGUUCCUGUUUUUUUUAGCAUAUGAGAAGGAAAGCUUCUGAAUAGCAUUUGUUUAUGGUGAGUCUUGCAUUAUCUGGGAAAAACUACUUGCUGCUUGGGUUACAGGAAGUAUGUUGGAUUAGCAUAAUUUCUUUGUUUUCUCAGCAGAUGUUCUUAGACUAGUUUUUCUCUUCACGCCAGCUCAUCUGUGUACAGUAAAGCAUACUGUACUCAAAACAAAUCUUUUCUUUUUAAAAUAUAUAUUCCUAAACGAUUAACAAUGAUUUCUCUGUUGGAAAACGUCCUCUCUUGGCCCCUCUCCCAAACCUUUGGAUGGCUCCCAAGUAAUUAUUUUGUUGCCAAUUUCCAUAAAUAAUCAAUAGCUAGAAAAGCGGUUGGAUAGAUUAAAUGUGGUCUGUUGAGCAAGGAGGCCCAGGAGGCCUUGAAAUCUGUACAGCAUAUCUGCAGAAUCUGUAUCUCUAACACAGUUUCCAGUGGCUUUCAUGGGAAUAAGUAAAUGUCUUGUCCUCCUGGUUGUGUGGAGAAAAUACAAAAUGGUUGAGUAUUGCACAGGUGUGGGUAUAGACUUCUUAACCCCAGGUAGCUCUUUUACCCCAGCCUUCUCUCUCUCUCUCUCUCUUUUUAAAUAAUCAGAUUAAAUAUACAGUACCAUAUUUGCUUUCUAACACUGUUCUUAACACCAUAAAGGUAAAGGGACCCCUGACCAUUAGGUCCAGUCGUGACCGACUCUGGGGUUGCGGUGCUCAUCUCGCUUUAUUGGCCGAGGGAGCCGGUGUGCAGCUUGACUAAGCCGCUUCUGGCAAACCAGAGCAGCACAUGGAAACGCUGUUUACCUUCCCGCCGGAGCGGUACUUAUUUAUCUACUUGCACUUUGACGUGCUUUCUAAUUGCUAGGUUGGCAGGAGCAGGGACCAAGCAACGGGAGCUCACCCCGUUGCGGGGAUUCAAACUGCCAACAUUCUGAUCAGCAAGUCCUAGGCUCUGUGGUUUAACCCACAGCACCACCCCGUCCCUAUCUUAACACCAUAUGAAAGCUUUAUUUUGCAACCAAGUUAAAGUAUUUGAAUUAAAGUAAUUUAUUAAAAUGUGUACAAUUUAGUCUGAAAAGGUUUGCAUUUCAUCACAGAAUUCUAGGUUGUAUUGUCUAUAGCCAUGCUAUGCCCCCCUAGACACAAGGAUAUGGCAAUAUAGAAUUUUAGGUUAUAUGCAUCUCCUUGUCUUCAGGGGGAUAAAAUUGUUACAUGGGUUAAACAUAUUUACCUCUGAGAAUCAUGUUACUGCUGUUCUUCACUUUUAAGGAAGUUUAAUGUAGUUUUAAUUGAAUGGUUGUAAUUUAUGCAAGUUUGUACACUACGUUAAAGGGGGCAGUUGUUUUCUAAAAGGUGCUAUAUAAAUCAGCUAAAAAAUAUGAUUGUGUUUUGUGCUGAAAGUAUAUGCUACACUUCAGUCAUGUAGCAACCGUUUGGUUAUUCAUCAUCUUCAGGAACACAGGAUAUGGAAAUGUACCCACAUGAGGUCAUUUUUGUGUUUUGUUGAAUAGAUGGUACUACUGCCAGGGUUUUGAGUAAAUUAGCAUCUUACUCCUAGGGUUUCGUUUGCUUUCAAUAGCACUUUUUUGUAAUGACAAUUACUAUAUUUCUUUUAGAAGCAGCUUGCUCUUUGAUCUGAGCUGUUUUCCACGCAAUUGUGGGAAAGAGGAAAAGGUGAACACUCAAACUAUUUGUAGCAUCCAGUAAGCAUGACUCAGUUAAAACAAGGGAAAGCAAAAGUCUCAGGCCACAUGUUCACACCCAGCCUUCUUACUUUAAGGAAGUUACCCUCAAGCCUUUAUUGUUCAUUGCAUCAGAAUGUUAACAAUAAAACUAGUUUCCCAGAUUCAGUCACAGCCUAUGCAGAAAUACAGUAAUAUAGACUCAGGCAUUCCAGUGAAUCAAGAGCUGUUGGCAAAAGCCACUAUGUUGUGGCUUCUGUGUGGGUGAUGCACACUGAGAUAUCACGCAAUCUCUCUUCUCCUGUCUGCCGAAGAAGCUGAGGUUUAACAAGAAUUGUGGUACUUGAACUCACUUUGUCGCGAUAUUAGUCAAAGACCCACUUCCUAAAAAUAGAUCUUCCAAAACCCCCAGAUUUAUAAAUAGCAGAUACUUCAAAUUCAAGCGAUAAACAGACACCCCUUAUUCAAUUCUUUCCCCCUCCCUAGGUAAUUUUGAUACUGCAUUUAUGCUGGCUAAAUAAUUGCUUUCUGGAUUAGCCCACCAGGUUGAUAAUAUGGGAUCAGCUAGCUGUUUUAUUUAAAGAACUGCAUUACCACUUCAUGGUUGAGCCAUGGAGGCUCAAUAUUUGGUCUACAGGUGGCAUUUAUUUUUUUAGGUAGCCCACUUUCAGUUGCUUUGGCUCAGUUCGCAUAAUGCACUAAAUCAAACCCAUAGCUUGUAGAAACUAUGCUGCUGCUUUCCGUGUUAGAAACUGAGAUAGGAAAGCCAUGAGCUAAAUGGCAUCUAGGUUCUGGGCACAACAACGGAAUGCCAAGGCACGCUUUUUAUAACAAGAAUACAGAGCUGAAAAUGAAUGAACUGCAGCUAAAAUAUUACAUUCAUUUUUCACAUUUUCCCCUGCCCACCCCCCUAAUAUUCAUAAGAGGGUCUCUUCUCCAGUCUUCAGAGAGCAGCUGGAAAUGGGGAGGCAGAAAAGCUCCUUUCCUUCCACUCUGCAGUUUUAAACUGAAAUCUUAGGCCCAGUACUGCUCCCAGAGCUCAGAAACUGCUCACGCAAAUGUAAUUCCUGUUGCAAAAUGCGCCUAAAACAAUGGGAGUUUUGAACACUGGCUGCUUUGCUAUUCAUCUGGUCCUGCUGCUGUGAGCUAAGCCAUGGUUUGUCUCAGUGUGAUACUGGGCUUAUCUUUUGUCUUGCUCCAGACAGAGUUGUAACAAAAGUUUGUUCUAAGUGUACAGGUUGUAAUUUGACUCGAGUAAGACAAAUUAUGAGCCUGGUUUGGAUGGCGUACUGAGCCAUACCAUGGUUAAGCUCACAGCAGUGUAGCAGCAGCAGGGCUGGAGGAAGAACAAAGUGGCCACAGUUUCCUCUCCAGGAACCUGCACAUUCGCAUUAAGCCAUGGUAUGGUUUUGUGUAAGAUGCAAACCGAGUCUUUAAGUUUAUCUAUUUUAGCAGAAAUAGUUGCCCUGUUUAAUCACCCUAAUUCCACUACAGUAUGUUUUGUGGCACCCUCAUUAUGGAACACUCCUCACUUGAGAGGCUUGUCUCACAACGACAUAUAUGCUGUGCCUGCUGAAGAUCUUUCUUUUCUUUUCUUACAUUUAUAAUUUAUUCAAGGCAGUGUGUAUUUAUUUAACAUAAUUUGUAGCCAGCUUAAUUGUAAAUAAAACCUCUAUGCGUGGCUUCCACCCAGGCACUGACCAGAUCCAGAUUUACUUAGCUUCAGCGAUGUGAUGAUGUCUUGUGCCUUCAGACCAGGUAUUUUCCCAGCCUUUGUAAUCUCUGUUGGGCAUGAUCAAUGCUAGUCAUAGAGUCAACCCAUUGAAAUCAAUGGACUUAAGUAACUUGAGUCCAGUGGGUUGUAUCCAACAAAGUCAUCCCUUUUGAAUGGACUUCCACCUGUGCAAUAGGACUUCCUCUUGCCCUCCUCUUCCUGCACCCCAUCCCCAAAAUCUGUUCUUGGAUUCCUGCAAUACUUGUGAGCAAAUUGGGGGUGGGCAUGCAUGGAGAAGAGUUGGAGAGGAAGAGCUACUGCACAGGCAGAAAGAAGUUCCUUUGUUAAGGGGGCAACCUUGUUAGAUACAACACAAUGAUUUCAGUUGCACUGACUUGGAUGUCACACCAAUCUUAAAUCUUUUACUGACUAAAGAUAUUUAUUGAAGUUCUAACAUCUGUGGAAUUUCUGGUGCUGUUAAGUUUUCUGUAGUGAUUUUAUUCUCUGUUGCUAGUUGCUUGUUCAGUGUUUCAUAGUUUUAUGAUUUUGGCACUUACUGUAAGUCCCCAGAGAAGUUUUAAUUACUGGGAGGAGUGGGUAGUUGGGUUGAAAAGGCAGUUAUUAAAAGCUCUGAAAUACAAAGAAGAGAUCCGUGUGUACUUCCAGACAGUUCCCCUUUUUGGACUUGGAACACUAUCUUCCCAUUCUGCAUUUCAAUUUUGGAUGAUUCUUGACUAUUGAGAAAGCUUUAAAAGGUGAUUGCAAGAUAGCAUUCUGUUCUGUGGAAAGGAAAUAAGAAGCUCUGCUGUGUGUAGUCUCUUACAUGAGUUGAAAGAAGACAUCUUUGAACUCUUAGCUAUCUGCAUAAAUUUCUUAAAAUGGGAGGUGUGCUCAUCAGCAAAACACAAGCCGCAGGGUAGUCUUAACUCUAUUCACGAAGAUAAAGCGGAUUAAAGAUCCCUGGGCCCUGUGUAUUGUCCUGCUCUGCUUGUAUUAGAAUAAAGUCUGUAUUUGAGAGGUGUGAUGCUCUCUCGCCCCCCACCCCGUUUGCAGAAGGAAAUUGCAAGAUACUGUUAGGGAUCACUGAGAGAAUAUAUUGUUGAUCAUGUUGUAUAAGUGGACAAGCACAAAUUGUGUUGAUAUUGUUUCUGUGCACAUGCAUUUAAGUGUAGCCAUGAUGUUGAUAAAAGGGAGGGAGGGUGGAUUCCCACAAUGCACCAAAACCAUGUUCCUUAUCAAGUUGUUUUGGGCAUUUGAAAAGGCAUUUGGAUGUGCUUUAUGUUUAAUAAAUACAGGUAGAUAAACCAGUGUCACCUUGCUAGUUUGCUUCUCUUCACAGACAGGACAAGGGAAGUAUUUCUUAAAGUUCUCCUUUUCAGUUUAAGGAGAAUAGAAACUUUCCCUCCAGAUUACUGUAACUCAGUAUUGCCAAAGCAAUGCCCAGUCCUCACAAACUGUUGAAAAACGAAAUUGCUAGGAAUUCUUCCACACUCUGAGUCAGAUCUCCAUUGUGAUGAAUAGGCAGUGACAAACCGGUGGGCUUUCUGGGAAAUGCAAUGGCAAACUGUCUGGGGGUUUUUUGUGCAAGGAUGCAUGCAAACCUUGUGAAGAUUCAGUGUUUUAUCAUGAAGUAAAUAAGUGAAAUCAUCUUCCCGGAAUCUGUGGUCACUUGAGCUUUGGACCAAGAGUUCCUCAUAACCCUGAGUUCCUCAUAAAGUUCUGGUAAAGGUCAUGCACGUUGAAGCAGAUCACAUUGAUGGAGCAGUGUGGGAUUCAGCUGCUCAUAAGCUUAUAUACUGAGAGGAUGGUGUCUCUGUUAGGAAAUGGUUUGCUAAUGUACAGUUAGUUAACGUUAUUUAUUUUAAAAAUUAUUUAUUAAAUUUAUAUCCUGCCCUUCCUCCCAGAGGAGUCCAUUGCUAAACAUGUUAUUUUCUCUGAGCUCAACUGUCUUUUUUGGUUUGUCUCUGUAUCCUUCUUAAAAUACAAGCCAUGGCUGUAAUAAUGCCAGGGCCUUGAAGCCGGAUGCUGGCACAUUUCUUCCCUGCCUCCAGCUUUGAUGUUUGUUGUGUUGUAGCUUGUAGUAGUUUUCUAAUAGUGGAUCUAUUUCCACCAAGCAUUAUGUUGUGAUCUCCUACAUGUGGUCUUUUUGGAAUAAAUACCAGAGAGAAGCUCAAACUUCCUAGAUGAAAAUGAAACCAUAUUUAUGCAGUAAAGAUAACUAGGGUACAAUAUAAACAAUCAGUUGAAAUUGAAGUACACCAAAAGAAUAGAUGUUCUUAAAUUAUAUCCGUAGAAGGAACACACAUGCUGACCAGCCGCUUCUGACAUUUCUUUGUUGAGUGGGAAGGUCUAAAGGGGGAUUCUAAGUGCGUUCGGUGUUUGGUUGAAUUGACUUCCAGUCUUCCCCACAAUCAGGGUUCCCAGUUGCAGGGAAAACUGUAACCAUGUUCAGCUAAACACAUUUAGAUUUCCCCUUUAGAUUUCCCAUUCAACACAGGAAGGUUUGGGGGGGGUAGAGAGGUGCUGCUAGCGCAUGCACUCUGUAUAGCUAUAAUUUAAAGGUUGAAUCCAGCUAAGGCACCAUCUGCAUGAUAAAUGUAAAGCAGCAUCAUACCACUUUAAACAGUCACAGCUUUCCCCAAAGAGUCCUGGGAACUGUAGUUUGUUAAGGGUGCUGGGAGUUGUUAGGUAUUCCUUCUUUUCCUCACAGAGCUACAGUUCCGAGCAAUCCUACUUUCCAGAGAACUUUGGAAAUUGUGGCUCCGUGAGCAGAAGAGGGUUUCCUAACAACUCCAUUCAUCCUUUACAGUUCCGAGGAUUCUGGUAUGAUGCUGCUUUAAAUGUAUUGUGCAGAUGGGCCCUAGGUCAUUGUGCAAGCAGAGCAACUUUUGCAAGUGCAACAGAACUCCCCCUCCUCCCCCUUCCCCCUGUACCCCUUGCACUGCACCAAUAUCUGCUGGUGAGGUGGGGAUAGAGAGGAACUCCACAGCAAAUUUGGGUUCAUGGAGGGGAGGGAGUGGAAGUUUCCUUGUGAAAGCUAUUGCACUUGCGAAAGUUCAGUGAAUGCAAUUGCUCAGUUGCAUACUGUGGUACCUCGGCUUAUAGACGCUUCAGGUUACAGACGCUUCAGGUAAAGACUCAGCUAACCCAGAAAUAGUAUCUUGGGUUAUGAAAUUUGCUUCAGGAUGAGAACAGAAAUUGCGCGGCGGCGGUGCAAUGGCAGCGGGAGGCCCCAUUAGCUAAAGUGGUGCUUCAGGUUAAGAACAGUUUCAGGUUAGGAAUGGACCUCCAAAACAAAUUAAGUUCUUAACCUGAUGUACCACUGUAUAACCCUGUGAAAGGCUGAAUAGGACUAUAGUAUUGCUAUUUCAACAGCUGAAACAUGAAGGGAUCACUGCAGUCUGUCACCUUGGGUAUUGCUACUCUGGCCACUGUCUUUUUACAGAGCAUUCUGUUGCUGUUACACAGUUGUGGGUCAGCUUUACUACUGUCCGCAGAGCCUCCUCUUUAGCCUUGAAAGGAAGUUAUUAACAUACAGCUCAGGUCUGCCUUCCUUCCUUUGUCUACAGCCUGCUGUUCCCCUUCUUGGCAAAAAUUGCCCAGCUGUGAGUAAUGGAGGUGAAAGGCAGAUGUGUAAUGCUUCAGGCUUGACUACCCCCUUGCUCACACACCUGGAGGCAAUAUAAAGGAGAAUAAAAUUUAAUGUAUGCAACUCAACCCACUUCUUUCUCCUUAUUAGAUCAUCAUGGCUGCUGUUGGCCCCGCUGCUCUCUCCUACUAUUCCUCAGCUAACAGCCCCACCUUGCUGCCUCUGCCCUGAGGGAUCCCAUAGAUUUCAGUGGAUCCGAAACCUUGUCCCAGAGUUUGGAAUUGCCAGUUCCCAUGUUAAGGUGCUUUCCUCUCCGACUGAAUUCUACGAACUUAUGAAGGUGAUUUGGCAUGUCUCCAGCGUGUAACUUUGGGAAUAGGGGUGGCAACAGAGCGUCAAUGUCAAAAUGCAUUUUCUUCAUCCAUUAUUGCUUUCAAGUCCUGCAUGCAGGUUUGCCAUAUUCUUCUUGCUGGCCACUGUGAAAACAGAAUGCAAGAGUAGACGGGCAGGGCUUUUUUUUUUUUUUUUACAUUCAUGUGUUUCUGUUGCCAUUUAUUGUGUUAAAAAAUGACAAGCCAAAAUUUCAGAAGUACCCAGUUGUACUCUGCAGCAUCCUAAAAGAGUUUUUUCAAGCUUAUGGAUCACAGUGCUUUAUCAUUCCUUAUCCAGUAAGUCUUAGUGACUGAGCCCAUAUGACUUUCCUCUGUAUUGGAUCUUAAGAAACUAAGUGUGGGGAGGAAAAAUUCAUUUGACCAAGUAUUAUGUCCUUUCCCCCUUAGCUAUGGUGAGGCAGGAGAGGCUUGGCUUGGCUGUUUUAAGGCACUUGGUUCAAUUCCUGUCAUUUGUAAAAAAAAAAGUUAAGGUAGCAGGAUUGGGAAAAGACCCUUUUCUAAAAACUUGGAGAGCCACUGCCAUUCAUAGUAAAUAGUAGUAGCUUUAUAGUCUGGCUCAGUAUGAGGCAGCUACAUACGUUAAGUCUUGGACCUGUCAAGUGAAAGCAAUAGAAAUGCUGCCUUGUCCACUCUGAUCAAGAGAUAUUUGUCCUAAAAUACAAUGAGGCAUGCUGUAAGAAUUUUGUGUGCUCACUUUGAUACAAAAAAGAAGAGACAUACUGAUAGAUAAAGCUGAGUUUUUCACUUUUAAGUACUGGAUUGAGUGGACUUUGGGAGGAACUUGAGGGCUUCACAUGACAGACAAAUCAGUGAAUCUAAACUUUUCUCUCUCUCAGGGACAGAUAAAGACGGCCAAGCGGCGAGUGGUUUUGGCUUCACUCUACCUUGGAACAGGACCUCUGGAACAGGAAUUAGUAAGUGUUUGAGCUGGAGAGAGCAGGCCGCAGAUAUCUGAGAAAUAAUCGGUUAAGAGAUGUCCUCUAUAGCUCUUCUUCAAUGUUGUACAUAGCCUCCUUUUUCUAACUUCUGAAUUCAUAGAUCUCUACCUUUCACCUUCCCUUCUUUCAUCUCUGCCAUCUUUGUCCUGUGGGCUUUUCAUGGUAGAACUGUCAGCCUAGAAAAAUGAAGGCAAAACAUCUUGACAUUGAUGACAGGCAUGCCAGUGUGCCAUAUAUAUCUGCUGUAAGAACUGGUCUAUUCACACAUUCUUUUUUCAUUUUUGCUACAUUAUUCUAUCCUACAAUGACAACUUUUCUGCAGCCUGCUUUUGGACUAAUGAGGAGCCUUUGGAAGAAAUAACUUAAUGAUAGUCUACAAUGAGAGCCCUAAACUGUUAAAUAGAUGAAGGGCCCUAAAUUUUGUUCUCUCUGUCUUGUGACUGUUUUAAUCUUUGUUUGCACAGUGUUAACAUUCCUGUGAUGGGAGAAUAAAUACAAUCUGCGGUGAUGGGAACUAUUAAUUUCGUCCUCCUUUUGCGUGGGUGAAUAGGCAGAUGCCUAGCAGUGAUAGCUGUACCAAUUAGGGAAAACUAUGAAGGCUUAGGAAUAGUGUGUGCUCAUAAAAUUUGAUCUUACCUGUAUAUAAGUUUUGGUCUUAUAUUGUCCUCAGGUGGAUUGCAUUGAAGUGGCUUUGGAAAGGUCAUUGCAGGGAUGUGGGCCUUCCAACUUAAGAGUGUCCAUUCUCUUAGACUACACAAGGGGAUCUCGGGGUAAGUGUGUGUUGCUUGGUCACAAUCGCUUCUCGUGUUAGCUGGGCUCGGCUGUUUAGGCAGGCUGGACACCUCAGCUCUAAAGAACUAUGUUUAUAACCUCUUCAAAUUUAGAGGAUUUCAGUAGUCUUAAUCUGCAGAUUUUCACACCAAGACUCUACAGGCAAUGGCCAUUUUACGCACAUUCAGUAUGCGCACAACUGUGCAUGUGUGCAUCACUGCAAACCUGAAAGUAACUAGAAAAAGGGCAAAACCGGCACCUACCAAUCCCAUGAGCCUUUGAAAGUCCUUGCACUGACCAUUGAAGCCUGUGGAGAAGUGGAGUUGGAGCAAGGAGAAUUGGAGGGAGUGAUUGUGGUGGAGUUUGGUGGAUUUAAGGGUUUUUCAAGGGUUUUCAGAAGUUUGGAGAGUGUUUGCAGGAUUUUUCGAUGGUGUUCCCAAUAUAAGCAAUUUCACUUACAUCCAAGUAAAACGGUCCAAUUUUUUCUUCUGUUACAUUUUGGCAAAAUAUUUUUGAUGUUAGUCAUUACUAACUUCAUUGAUUUUAGUGGGUCUGCUCUGAGUAUUAUGGAGCUGAUACAGCCAGCUAGCUUCUGUGUUAGCUAAGAGUGAAUCUUGGUAUUCCAUUCUUUCUCCUAAUUAGGUUUCAUCUUGCCAAAGUUGGUGGCAAUAUGGAAAGCACAAAACCUCCAACUCUCUGAGCUAGCAUCACUGCAGCCACAGGGGAACAUGUACAUACCCAGGGGUGCCAUCUCAUCCUCAGGAUUGUGGGUGUCCGCUGCCGUAAUGUGGAUGUGUGACAUCACAUGCACACGCCUGCACGUAGUGCAUGAGACAUCACACGGACUGCGUGCAGGAAAAUGGUGACUCGCUGGCUGUGGAGCUGAACUGCUUCUCUCUUGGAGGCAGCGCCAGAGAGGCUGGCUGGCUCCCUCUCUCCAGCUUUGCUCAUUCAUUUGUUGGUGCCCCUGGAGUUGGCUCCUAGGUACAUACCAAUCCUGAUAAUCAGUAAUUACCGUAUUUUUCUCUCUAUAACACUCACAUUUUUUCUCCUAAAAAGUAAGGGGAAAUGUCUGUGCGUGUUAGUGAGCGAAUGUGUGGUCCCUGGAGCCGACUGGCCCGAGUGCAUAAAAUCAGGCAUAAAAUCAGAUUGCGAGGAGGAGGGAAAGCUGCAGAGAGGAAGCUGCUGCUUUCCUGCAUUCUGCCUCAGGGUCUUACUGCCCAACCUCUUCUGUUUUUGGUUGCUGUGUUUGCUCAAACGCAACAAAGAGCAGGGAAAUCCCCUGCCCUCCUGGCAAGCAGAGGGGAAAAGAAAGGAUUGCGUCCUUCCUUCUAAUUCCUUCCUAGUCACACUGCGCGCAGGCUCCAGCCCACCCGGCUCAGGUUCCGUCGGCUAGGAGCGCAGCGGACAGCCACCACCACCUCCUCUCCGUGCUCUGGUGCUGCUGCUGCUGCUGCGCCCAGCAUUCUAGGGACUCGCAGGCAGCCGGAAAACAUGCAGGUGGGAGAGGGGGGGGCUGGCUUGGGUGGGUGGGUGGGGGAAAACUUUUGCCUUCCUUUCCUCCCUCCCGUUAAACCCCUCUCCUGCAUUGUUAGCCAGCUGCUUCUCCGCACACCCCUCUCGUGCUCCUUGUCCCUUCUGUGUUUUUCCUUCCUUCCCCUCAGGAUCUUUGCAUUGGGUCACCCCAAAUUCACCAUCAAAUCACAUUACAUGUCCAUGGCUACAGCCUGCACAAAAAAACUCACGCACCCACUGUUGCCUGGGGCUGCAAUGGUGCAAAAACGUGGUUACAAAGCAUGGAUCCACAUGGAUUCUGAGGAUUUUUGCAUUGGGCUACCCCAAACUCACCGUCAAAUCACAUGUCUGUAGCCACAGCAUGAAGCACAAAAAUGAUACAUCCACUGUUUCAUUCAGAAUUUUUUUUUCUUGUUUUCCUCUAAAAACUAUGUGCGUGUUAUGGUCAGGUGCGUGUUAUAGAGCGAAAAAUACGGUAUCUAUUGUGGAACUUGGGCUGCAAAGAAUGUUGCUAUAAAAUAUGGCUUGAAGAAACGGCUUGCUUAAACUCAAAUACGCAUAGUGUGGCAAAUCCUGUCCUUUUAUUGAAGCUGGCAAUCCAUUUUCAUUUCCCUCCCAGGCCGAAAGAACUCUCGGACCAUGCUCCUUCCACUCCUGCAGAGGUUUCCAGAGCAAGUCCGUGUCUCUCUCUUCCACACUCCUAAUCUGCGUGGUCUUCUCAGACUCCUAAUCCCAGAACGUUUCAAUGAGACCAUUGGGUUGCAGCAUAUCAAGGUCUAUCUCUUUGAUGAUAAUGUGAUCUUGAGCGGGUAAGUCCCUUGUUGCAACAAACCUAAUAAUGGGGAUAUGUAGAUGAAUAUUGUGAUCUUUAGAAACAACAGGAAAAGCAACUAAGGCAGAGCAUACUGCAAACCUUGCUGCUUGUUCUGCAGACAUUGUGACAUAAUUCUCUCUCGCACCUUAGCAUUGCUGGAAUAUUGCCACUGUUUCUGCUUCUGCAGAAUCUUACGAAUUUAUUCCCCUUUCAACUAAGCAGGAUUAGGGAGGUAGGUGAGGGAGGGUAUUUCUGCCUACAGAUAGAAACUUCCUGUGAUGGUUCAAUAGAUAUUCACUCUUUUUUGACGGUACCAGGUAUAUGGGAUAGAGUUUAUACAUAACUUUUCUGUUGUCAUUCUCAGCUAGCUGUUAGCAUUCUCCCUCCUUUCCCUUUCCAGAGCUAACUUGAGUGACUCUUAUUUCACCAAUCGUCAAGACCGCUAUGUGCUCCUACAAGACUCUCCUGAGAUUGCAGAUUUCUUUACUGAGCUAGUAGAUGCUGUUGGGGAUGUGUCCUUGCAGUUACAGCAAGAUGAUACAGUCCAAGUGAUGGAUGGGAUGGUACAUCCUUACCAAGGUAAGAGGACCAUUUAGUAAGCAGUUUUGAUAGAGGCAUAUUUUAAUUGGUGUUAUAUGCCCUCUCAGCACCCGAAGUUAUAUGAGCCCAGCUGAAGUUCAUCUUGUGUACCUCUAGGCAACAAAGUACAAACAGACUCCUUUCAUUUCCAAAGGGGACAGGAAUGUUUGGGAGAGAUUGUAGCCUAGUAUGCCUUUCAUAAAGUAGGACCAAGGUUCAGACUUUCACAUCUCUCAAUAAAAGAAAGGGAACUCGGAGCAGGGCUCGAAUAGACCUUGGAGAGUUGUUGCCACACCGAGUAGACAACACUGAUUUCCUUUCCACUGGAGACUGAACCUAAGCUAAACCAUGGAGCUCUGCCCCCCCCCACUUGAUGUGUUGUUUGCAUGACCUCUGGACAUGCAUGUCUUUGGUGUGGUCAGGUAGGGAUGUCUCUUACGUGAGUCAGGAAGUCAUUUAGCCCAACCAGUUGGGAACUGACACAAUCUAUGAUAUCUAGUAAUGGGAUUAACAGUGAUGGAAAAGGUGUGUCAAUAGAUAGCAUUGUGAUUUGGGGAAUCUUUGUAGCCCCGGUGCUGUUUCCAUGAUGUUUAGAAGUUUCCUGUGGAUUGCAAAAGUAGAGCUAGACAUUCUGAUUGCUAGAUGAAUUCCAUGCUUGUGAGUAGUUUUGCAACCUUACAUUUGCAAUGGGUGUGAGGGUUUUGUUUUUUAAUAAACAAUUCCCAGUAUUGUUGUACCGUAUUUGCAGAAGAGUUUGUGCAUGGAUGCUUAUGUGCUGGAUAUUAUUAUGUACUCUUAGUGAGAAAGUGUUUUUUGUAUAGCACAUUUGUCAGGGGAAUACUCUUCUUCUGUUACAACCUGAAGAAAGCAAAUUUAAUAUAAAGUGUUAAGAUGCUGGGUUGUCACCUUCCCUUGGGAGAGGUUUUCCAAGCACUGCCAACUGUUGAGACAUCUUCCUGGCAACACAGUUGCUGAGAUUUCUGUGAUCAGGUGAGUUUCACAAAAACAAAUGCCAUGGGAAUAGAUGUGGGGGGGACUGCCCUCCAGUGUCUGUUUUCUUAAUUAGCACACCACAAAGGUUGCCUGACCAUGCCUUUUGGAUGGCGUUUGAAUAUUUGCCCUCCUUCUACUUCAGGGGUAGGCAACCUAAGGCCCAUGGGCUGGAUGUGGCCCAAUUGCCUUCUGAAUCUGGCCUGCGGACGGUCCGGGAAUCAGUGUGUUUUUACAUGAGUAGAAUGUGUCCUUUUAUUUAAAAGGCAUCUCUGGGUUAUUUGUGGGGCCUGCCUGGUGUUUUUACAUGAGUAGAAUGUGUGCUUUUAUUUAAAAUGCAUCUCUGGGUUAUUUGUGGGGCAUAGGAAUUCGCCCCCCCCCCUCAAAAUAUAGUCCACAAGGUCUGAGGGACAGUGGACCGGCUCACGGCUGAAAAAGGUUGCUGACCCCUGUUCUACUUUCUCCCCCACGCCCUUUAAAUCAUAAGGGCCCUCUUUUUUCAUCAUUCACACACAAUAAACUCUGCUAGUUAAGUGACAGAUGCAUACGGUAUCUGUUUGGGCAUUGAGUGAAUGGUAAUUGCUUUAACACUUGCUCUAGUUUCAGCGUUUCUAGCUGGAAGUGUGUGUUCUUCCUUGUUCUUUGUCCUUCCACUUUCCUUUAUACAAUGCCUUCAGCUAGGAAUUUGCCCCUGAGCCUUGCACCCAGGGAAGAGGGACAUGCCUUCCUAAGAACACAUUUGCUUAGAACUGUCUCAAGUAUUACUCGUAGCUGCUUCAACCUGAAAGUGAAGGGUUCUUUCACCUUCUGCUGACCACUGGGUUGGCGACUAGAUGCUCAAAUCACAUCAGAGGAGCCAGCUCUGGUUGGAAGGAGUUGAUCUUUUCUUCAAAUGGGUAUCCUUGCCAUAAUAUCAUAGUUUAGAUAGCUACCAACGCCUUAAUUAAAAGCCUGAGUAUUUUAUUACUGUUCCUAAAGUGGGCAAUGCCGAAUUACUGUAGAAGUAUAUUAUUGGUCAUGCCCCCUGCUGCCUUUCCAUUUCUUUACGGUCCUACAGUACUAAAAUAAAUGUUGGUCUGGAUUACAACACCAUGGAUGAAAAAUGCAGGUCAUAAAAUCCAAACAGUAACGGUGUAAUCUUUUUAUUCAGACUAACUAAAAUGACAAAAUAGCGAGCCACCUUUUGAGUUUUACCCAACUUCUUUAGGCUGAUGUUAAGCAACCAAGUAAAAGAAAGGGUGUAUUAUGGGGAGGGGAAUUGAUGUUGCUCUUAAAUGGUAUACUGGAAGUCCUCCCUGCAGCAUAGGACCAUCUUAAAAUGGUGGUAUAGGAAUCUCUCUGCAGACUAUAGCAUCACACUCCUGUGCAUGCGUACUUAGGACUAUGGACACUGAAGUCAUUGGAACUUGCUUCUGAGUAAACAUGGAUAGGAUUGCUUGGCAAGUUUGUGCCCAGUGCAGAAGAUCAAUUUGAAAUAAGUUAAUUUGAAAUGCUGUACGAGAUAUUACUUCCACCUUUGCUUAAUAGAAGGACUACCAUGUUUUCAUUGUUUCGCUCUCUGCCUUGUAGGGGACCUGUUGUCUCUCUUUGUACUAGAGGCAGAUUGAAAAAACUGCUGGCUCUUACAUUUCAAAGCUAUUGGUAACAGACUGCUAGUAUGCCUCAGUUCAACCUGAGAUUUCUUCUGUUGGGCACACAUUAACUUAAUUAGAAAUCUGUGGCAAGCUAUAAUGCGACAACCAGCCUCUUGUUUUCAGAGUAUAAUGUGGCCAUUCUAUGGUGGGUGGCAGAAGUCUGUUGAUGUAUGCUGCAGCAGAUGAGGAUAUGUGAAGGGAGCCUUUAUAUUCCAUCUGUCUUAGCAGUGGGCUUUAGAAACAGAAGGGGGGAAAGCAUCUUUACCUUGAUUCAGAGAGGAAAUAGAUGAAACCAUCCAUUAUAGGCAGAUGCCUCCAGCUUCUCUGAUCAGGCCUGAGUAAGAGAUUUCCUGUGCCUUCCCACUUUUUACACAGCUCCAGACUUGCUCAGUAGACAAAGAGUUCCUCCAGUCUGAUUUGAGAGGAUCCACUCUAAUAUUAUGUGCAGGCACCAACCUUUUUAAGCACUUCUGAUAUAUGUGUGACUGUGCCGAACUCAAAAGUGACCUGAAAAUGUAACCAAAAGGGGCAGAACAGGGCAGGGGCAGAACGAGGUGUUUACAGGCUUUUUCAAUGGUUUUUCAAAUAUACACAAUUUCACUUAAAUGUUUGGUGCCUUGGAAUGUAACCCUCGUGUAAAUUGGUAGUUGCCUAUAUUUUAAUCUGUUUUUUGUCUUGCAAAUUGUGGCUUGUACAAAAGGCAGUAUAUAAACCAUCUAAAUAAAUACUUGCAGAUCUAUGAAUUUUUGUUCUGUUCUUGAACUCAAACUAAAACCCAUGCAGUUUGCCUCUAUAGGAUUGAACAUGAGCAGAAAGUGUAGAAAAAAAAUCAGAUUGUGAGGCUCCAGUGUCGACAUCUGUUCAGCUGGCAAACUCCUCAGAUGUCAAUAGGAAGUCCUCUAAACUGGAAGGAGUACCUCCAAGUGGCCCAUGCUUUAUAUGGAAGAAAUGCAUUCGCAACUGCUGAUAUAGACUUAUCCUGUGAUAGAUGUUUUCCUCUGAAUGCCCCGACAUUUGGAUACAGGCUCCUUUUUGGAUAUAUGUUUUUCUCUCAAUGUCCUGGGAUGAUCUAGCUUCCAUUAGUCAUACUGGUAUUCUUUUGAUCUCUUUAUAGUUUCCUUGCACAUGUACAGGUAAUGCUGUUCAGCGUUGUCCCCAUUAAAUCACUUAUUCAUGCCCUCAGGAGACAAGACGGCCUAUUGUGAAGCAGCAAAUAGGAGAGUGAUGGAAGUGAUCAACUCUGCAAGGACCAGACAGGAGUUGCUCCACACUCAGACUUUCCAUAGCAACCAUGCAGAAGGAGGAAUCCCAUUGUCCAAAGAUCCAACUGCAGCUACUGACAGGCAGCCUGAACCGGACACGUGGAUUUAUCCACUCAUACAGAUGAGACCUUUUGGGAUUCAGAUAGAUGAGAUCGUCACGGAGACUCUCCUGUUGGAAGCAGAGCGGGGUGCCAGCAUACAUCUCACCACGGGCUACUUCAACCUCACACAAGCCUAUAUGGACCUGAUCCUGGGCACCAGGGCCAACUACCAGAUCCUCCUAGCCUCACCAGAGGUGAAUGGGUUCUUUGGGGCCAAGGGAGUGGCGGGUGCCAUCCCUGCUGCCUAUGUUUACAUUGAGCGGCAGUUCUUUAGCCAAGUGUGCUCUCUGGGUCAGCAGGAGAGAAUUCGGCUGCAGGAAUACUCUAGGUGUGCAUGGACAUUCCAUGCCAAAGGUGAGAUAUUGUUGGGGGAAGGCAUUUAAUAUAAGAGCUUAAUAUUCAAAGAGCUUAGUUUGCUUUUCUGUUGAGAUACUUGGUAUACUUUAUACUUAGGGGCAGCUAACCUGCGGCCCUCCAGAUUCAUUGGACUCCCAACUCCCAUCAGCCCCAGCCAACACGACCAUGAUCACGGGUGAGGAUGAGACUUGAAGGCCAACAGCAACUGGAGGGCCACAUGUUCAGUACCUCCAAUUUCCCUGAAUAUUUUACCUAAAUUGGGGGCUAAUGCACUGAAUUAUCUUUUAGUAUUUGCAUCCACUUUGGGAGAAAAGCUUGGAUAAUUUCCAUGCCAGUUUCUAGCUUGCUUAGCCUACUGCUUUUUUCAAUUUUAGUGAUUUGAUUGUGCAUAGUAUCAAAAAGGCUAGGAAUAAUCAUGAUAUGUUUCCAAGAAGUGUAUGCUGAGGAUUCUUGAAUCAGAUGCUUAAUUCACAGAGGCCAUGGCAGCUUUGAUUUAAGCAGCACAUUCGGUGCCUCUUCAUUCCUGAACCGACUGAUAGCAGCAAAACCUUUGUGAUGUAUUGUGGGUAAUUACACAGUUUGCAUUAAUCGCUUUGACUCAACUGUUCAGACAGACUUCUAGUUCUAGCUAAAACCUGUUGGUACGCUUCAUGACCAAACCUAAAUAUGAGCAAGACUGAAGUUGUAACUUUGUCCUUACCAUAGAAGAGGGAAGCUAUCUGAUGCUAGAUACGGGAAAAGCUGGGAGUGGAGUUGUUAUUAUUUGACUGCUUGUCAUUUUGUCUGAUGCUGUUUCUUCAUUUACUAUGUAAGUGAUGUAGCCAAUGGGGAAAACAGGAAAUUGUAUAAUUUGUGUCCCUGGAAGGGAGAUGUGAAAGCUAAUUGUAGUCUUAAAUUAGGAUUUGUCAGUUGAUAGCUUGUGGUCUGAAUUCCCUUUGUACUUCCCUAAGCUGCUGAUCUUCCAACCAAGGGGAAGAGGCCUACCUGAGUGCAUAAGGGAGAUGAGGAAUCCUCCCCUAAAUGCACUGACCCAGUCUGUUCUAGGAAAGGAGGAUGCUGAAAUCAGGUCCAUUCACCAGUGUUUAGGUCCCUCCUUUCUCUUUCUCCUUUCUGAUGAAAUGUUUCAGCUUCCCCUUCUGUGAGGAGAAGUGUUGGGUGGGGAAAGCAAGGAGACACUGUGGGAUUUCAUAAAACGAUGGAUGUUCAGGAUGCAGUCAGGAGUGGAGAAGUGUGUUUCAAGUGCCUGAGAUGCUCCCAAAAGACAUGGGACCACUGAUGGUGAAAUAACUGGGCUAAGCUUUGUGAUUCUUUUGAAAGGACUGAGACAUACCCAUCAUAUUUUGGAGACCAAAGCAUAAGUCUUGGAGAACUAAUUCUUAUGCUACAUGGAGGUGUUCUGAAGUUCUCUUGUGUCACGGAAAACUGCUGCCGCUCAGCUGCAGCUUUGACAAUGAUAGACACUGCCUCUAUAGUGUCACUUUGGGUUCCCGCUUGCUUCUCCAAUGGUUGUGUUUUUAUUGAGAUAGUGUAAUGAAGCACCACCCCUUUCUGAGACUUCCAAGCUGACAGCAAGCAAAUUCUGCUCUGGAAGGCAUUUUGAAGUUCCCGUGGUCAGCUUUCCAUGGUACUGAGGGAACCAUAUUUGUCACUUACAUUAGAAAUGGGAUUAGAGCAAACUGAGCAGGCCUCCCUUGAGCCUGUCCCAAAGCUCGCAUCCUAUUAGGCUGCCCUUCUCCAGGGAUCCCUGGGUUGGUUUGCCUACGUUUGUGGAUGUUAAUGAUUAUGGGAAUGCUGCUAUCUUUCCUGCCUCCUUCCUGCAAAGCUGCUGGGAAGAGGCCGGUGGGGUGGGGUUGGGUGUGUGUGUUGCUAACUAACUCUUAAGAAAACGUGUCUCUGCACACUGCUGCUUACCCACAACCAGGAGAAACAGUAAGAGAGAGGGCCACAGGGGUAGCAAACAGCACUGCUUCCAACUGUGCAAUUGUGUUCACUCUAAAGAUCUCCUGCCAGCAGUCCUCUGAAUGUGGGAUUUGCAUAGGAUGGCAGAUAAGCAUAUCUUAUCUCUAGCUGUGGCUUCUAUUAUUGGAAAACCUGGCUACAAUCCACCAAAGAUACAUGGCUUCCCAGUGCUGAUUGUUCAACUUUUACACCCAAGAAGAGAGAUGUUGUACAAAGACACACAGCAUUUGAGAAGUGUGCAGCCAACAUUGCUGAUGGCGUAGCAGCUCAAGGCAAUGUCAUUAUCCUUCCACAACACGGCUGGCUCUGCUUGAAUUGUGCAUGCACAUGAAAGCUCAUACCAAUAACAAACUUAGUUGGUCUCUAAGGUGGUACUGGAAGGAAUUAUUUUGUUUCGACUACGGCAGACCAACACGGCUACCUACCUGUAACUGGAACUUAAUAACAGCUGUAAAAUGGAGAGUGCUGUUGAAAUUAAUAAUACCACCAAAACUGCCAAUUUCCACCACCCUGGGCAAUCAUGCUAUCUUUAAUUUAUGCAUUUGUUGUCGUCAGGCAUUGAGAUAGAAGAAUAGUUCCCAAAUGUAGUCCAGGAGUCUUGUGCAGGUAACUGCUCAAGAUAGGCCAUCUCAAGAAGCUCUUAGGCACUCUGAAUAGCUGGCACUGUUGCAAAUUCACAGGUUUUCCAAACCAAGUUGGGCUAGACUACUGCUGCAGCUAUUCUGCUUUCUGGCUAAAUGGGCAUUUAAGGAUUUAUUUAUAGCAUUUCUACCCUGCUCUUCAGCCAACAAGGCUCCCAGAGCAGCUUAGGUAAAGGUAAAGGGACCCCUGACCAUUAGGUCCAGUUGUGACUGACUCUGAGGUUGCGGCGCUCAUCUCGCUUUAUUGGCCGAGGGAGCCGGCGUACAGCUUCCAGGUCGUGGCCAGCAUGACUAAGCUGCUAGGUUGGCAGGAGCAGGGACUGAGCAAUGGGAGCUCACCCUGUCGUGGAGAUUCGAACCACCGACCUUCUGAUCGGCAAGCCCUAGGCUCUGUGGUUUAACCCACAGUGCCACCCGUGUCCCCCCAGAGUGGCUUACAUAUAAUCAAAACAAGACACAUUAAAAUCAAAGGAUUCCUGUUUGGGAAUCAAGCAGGUGAAGAAUAUGAGAUACUUGGUAGUAGUGAGGUCAUAAGCAUACUCUCAGGAGAGAGAAGUAUGUUCUUGGGGCAAAGAGAGAGAGAGAGAGAGAGUGUUUGGCAAUCAGUUAUGCAGCAGAGUGUCAGGUAUCACUUGAGACCCAGAUAAGGCUCCUUUAUUAGACUGAAUGAGGAUAGAGAAAUAUUUUAGGUUUCCCCUCCUGAAAAGGUGAAUCAUGAGGUGAGCGGAUUCAGCCUGGCAUAGUCACAAAGCUAACACCAUUGUAGGACAUGCAGCCUAACCUUCUGUUGCAUUUCUUGUGGCAACAGGAAUGCGAAAGAAGUUUGUGGGCUCAAUCAAAUUCCAGCAUGCCUGCAGGCAUCCCUCUCUCCUCAUUCUGCAAGGCUGGAUUGGAUGUUUGGCCAGGGACAUCAGCAGGGCACUCUUGCUUGCUCAUUUGGUUUUCUAAACGGCUAUAGAGAGGGAAGAGUGUGGGGAUGUUUAGAGUUACAGGAACUAUUUCAGACUUGGAACACAAGACACUGUCCAAGUAGGUCAAAGUAACUGUAGAUUAUUCUCCUUGCGUAAAAAAGCUACAAACUGUGAUGUUUGUGAUGCUGCCUGUGAAAGGGCUUCUUUGCCGUAUCAGAGGGGUGCAGAAUAGGCAGUCUUGUAAGUUCAAACAUGGACACAGCAGCUCAGAAAAUAAGAGGCAGUUAAUGCAUUUGCACAAGAUUGCUAACAAACAGGAAAAAUUGUCUGUUCAGCUUUGCUGGUAAGCUUUAGCCACUUGCCUAAGUGUGGAAGUUAAUCGAUUUUAAAUUUCUUGGGGAAUGGGCUGGGACCCACAAGCGGGCCUUGCUUCCAGUGCCUCCUCACUUGCCCACCCUGCCCCACCAGCCUUUUCACAGCCUUUUUGUUGAACCAGUGCCAGCAGCAGCUUUCCCUUCAGUGGUUGCUUGCUUAAAACUUUAUAUCCCACUUUCCCGCUUACCAGAGUAACUAGUUUCAGGGACUUACUGAUGUUCAAAGAAUGGUAAAGCAAUCCCCAGUCAUUAUAUAAUUAAAACAAUUAAAUGCCAAAAACCUAGAAACAGCAUGGCAGAUCACCAGUGUUUUAACUCUCUUUAAGAUUCCAGUGUUGAUAAAAGUGCCACCUGAACAAAAGUGUCCUUACCUGGUGGUUGAAGCUAAGAAGAGAGUAGACCAAAGAAACUUCUGCAGUCACAGAAAAGGCUCUCCUAUGUCUCUCCCGUGUCAGGCUGUUGAAUAAGGCCUCACCAUUAGGGUGUGGGCAGCUCGUAACUCUGUCCAUGGUGCUGUGUAACCCCUGCAUUAACAGCGGCUGCUCCCGGGGCUUGGGCAGUUUGAGGGAGACCUUUUCCUGAUUUCAGGUGGGUAAAGAGACAUUUAAGAAGCAGGAGUUGAGGGCCAGGUGGACUGCUUUCUUGUUCUUUCCCUUUUUUUUAAGAAUAAUUUUUUAUUAACCGACCAAUCACAUCAAAUCAAACCAAAUUACAUAAAUUCCAAAUUACACAGCCGAAUUUUAAAUUUUUCUUGGGGGUACCCGUAUUUCAAGUUCCGAAGGGAUCCAAUCAACUUCUUGCUUCUUACUGCUGUUUUAAUGUCCACAAAUCUAACCUUAUGAUGUUCACAGUACUAUCCAGUCCUUUCUUAUUAUUUUUCCACAUCUCUUGUUGUUAUUUUCAUAUAUUUUUCCUUUCUCUUUGUGACCUCUGAUAGUCUCCUCAAGCUGGUUAGUUUGUAAUGCUUUCUUGUUCUUUCCCAUGUUGAUAAAUUCCAAUGAGAGCGAGUCUUGCAAGCAGGGUGUGUGUGCUCCAUGGCUAGAAUACUUCUUCCCUGUUGUUUUCCCACAUUGUGGCUCCAGUGAGAGUGGAGCUAGUAAGUGAACACCAGGAGGAUAUUGGACCGAGUGGGAAGCUCUGUGUGGGGUUUUGGUAAGUUGAUAGGAUUGUUUGUUUUGGUAUGUUUUGCUGUCAUGCUUCUUAGCCCUUCAUAGUGGUAUUUUAAAAUAAUUGAGCUGUUUAGUUCUCCUGACCCUUGAAAUAGAACAACUACUAUAACCCCCACAAUAAUUUACCCCAGUGAAUGUACCUAGUUUUAUUCAGUUGCAAACCCACUGUUAAUUGCCUUGGCUCUUGUUUUCAAUAAGAUGGGCAGUAUACAUCUGAUCAUCAUUUGUCUUGUUCAUCUGGGGUGUAUGCAUCACGAAGGGCAAAGGGCAGUUUAAUAAUGAUUUUAUUCUUUAUACCCCACCCAUCUGGCUGGGCUUCCCCAGCCACUCUGGGCAGCUUCCAGCACAUAUAAAAACAUAAUAAAACGUCGAACGUUAAAAACUUCCUGAUACAGGGCUGCCUUCAGAUGUCUUCUAAAAGUUGUGUAGUACUUCCUCCCCAUCAGAUGUCAAGGAGAUAGUGUUCCAUAGGGAGGGCGCCACUGCUGAGAAGGCCUUUUGCCUGGUUCCCCGUAACUUCACUUCUCGCAGUGAGGGAAGCACCAGAAGACCCUUUAAAGUGGAUUUCAGUUUUGCAUCAUUUCCCAAGUGUGGCAGGAAAUAUGAAAAGUAUGCUCACAUGUAUUUGGCUCAGUAACAGAUAAUGAUGAGAAGUGUUUCCUUUAAGCUUGGGUGGUUUUCUUCAGUGGGAAGUGCUCUACAAAUGUGGACACUCCCAUUGGCCUGAAGGAACUGAGAUGCAAAACUCAUGCAGUGUUAGAAAAACAAAGUUGCUAUCUUAUGAUUCCCACAGGGUUGUUCCUUUGUUCCGGAUGAAUGGGUGAGACCAGGUUGGUAGACUGGUGUUGCCUUUGGUAAUUGUGCUGUUACCGCUGUUUAGUUGUGUGUGUGUGUGUGUGUGUGAGAGAGAGAGAGAGAGAGAGAGAGAGAGAGAAGGACAGGGAGGGAGAUAGAUAUUGACAUACAGGUAUUGCUUCUGAAGGAUAAACCUUUUUUUCUACAGUAGUUGCUCGGAUAUGAUCAGCAGCAGCAUCUACAGUAAAUCAUUCUGUGCAUAAGUACUGAUCUUGAGGGAUUAUGGUCUUUGCUCCGUCAAGAACCUGGGGACAUCACUAAUUUAUUUUUAAACAUGAUCAGUGUAAUAUUAAAAGCCUAAGCCUUCAGUGCAGCUGUACAGGGUGGGGAGUGUGUGUUGCAAUGGACCUCAGAGCAUGGUCUGCAUCCCAUUGUGCAGGGAUUGUGUUGUACAAGCUGAGAAAAGCGUAUGCAAAAGUGCAGCCAGGUACUCUGUUGAUUUUUGUGCCAUUCCUGUAUGACAUUUUCUGCAAGGAAGUAUCCCUAUUUCCUGGUUGCUUCUUUAGUACCCUGACCUAUUUAUACUGCCAGUAAAUUAAAUAUUUAGUGUGUUUUGUUGCUUUUCCUUUCAAGAAUAAACUAUUGUUUGAGGCUCAUAACAGCUUCCAUGAAAACUUCCUCCGUCUGCCACAUUUCCUUUCUCCCCAUGUUUCCCUGCAGGCCUCUGGUUGUACCUGGCAGGAAGCAGUCUACCCUGCUUAACUCUGAUUGGCUCUCCUAAUUUUGGGUACAGGUCGGUUCAUCGGGACCUCGAAGCACAGGUUGCAAUAGUGACGGAAAACAAAGCCCUGCAACAGCAGUUCCAUCAGGUGCGUAGUUCGUGGGCCAAUGACUUGAGUGCUCCGCUUCACACUGAACCACCCUAAGAUCUAUGGGUGAAGGGCAGUAUACUAGUUUAAUGAAUAAAUAAAAUAAACAAGUAGUGGGGUUGAAGGAAACUGGAUUAAUUCAAAACUGUCCAGAGGAAGUUUGUGUGAGCGGUUACUUUUCUUUAUUUAUUAAAUGUGUUGGUUGCUUUUUUACAAAAGCAACUCUAACCCAUUUUAACUAGAAAACGGAUACAUUAACACUGGGGGGAAAGAAAACCAAGAAAAAUCUUAUUUGAAAAACCCUCCAGUGAUGAUGCAUCUGAAAUAGCUGUUGUAGUCCUGAAUGGAUCUGGAUUAACGUAAACAGGCUGGUCCUGGAGGCUGAAGAUAAAUGUGGGAAAAGACAGAGGUAUUGCUACCUCUGCCCCUAACGCAUCCAUGUGCUUUUCUCCUUUGACUUGAUGGUUGUCCCCAUGGGGAGAAGUGUAGUGGCCCAUAGUUUUCCUAAAGACUAUCCUAGUACCUCCCAGUGUUUCGGUAAUCCAAUGGUUGAUGAAUUUUAUAAAGAGGGGCAAAACUAUUAGCUGCUUUCUGGCUUUUUCUUGCUCACAACUUUUCGACGUACAAGUGCAGAUGUUUUCUUUAUAAUUAUUCUUGUAGGUUUUCAUUUAGACUUUUCUGCUCCUGAUUCUCUCUCCUGCCCAAUUUUAUUUAUAAAACAAAGGUUAUACAGAGACUGACAGAAUACGAAAACAGUGCUUUUGAUUUUUAAGAUUAAUGAAAUAGUUGCUGUGGGCUUUCCCAGCAUUUCUUGGUGUGUGCUCUCCUGCUGGCUGCAAAUGUAUUUCGGAUUGACCUGAUUCUAUCUCUGCUUGCGUGGCCUUGAUUCCUGUCUCUGUCCACUCACUUAUUCUAGACUGGCUUUUUAAUUGCCCUUUGCAACCGCUGUGUCGCAGCACAACAGUUGGAUUUGCACAUACAUAUUAAUCCCAAGAUUUACUCUCAGCCAGUUCAUCCAAACUAAAGUUAUUAUGUCGUAACAUUGAAUUUCACUGGAAACAGGAGUUUCCAUAAGAAGGCUUACCCCCUGGUUUCUAACUGAAAUUUGUAGUUGGUUAAAUUUAUAUGAAAAUACCUGGUACCACAUAAAAUCCCCAUAAAGCAGGGCUGGGGAACCUCAGGGCUGGGCUUAAAUGUGGUUCUCCAGUUUUCUCUGCGGCCUUCAGAAUCCCCAGGAGCCCUUGUCAAACUGCUAAUGCCUCUUGCUUGUUUGAAUGGCAGAUAGAGAGGUUUAUGUAGAAACUAGCCCAUUGUACAUUUGUUGCACUCUUCACUUUAGCCUCUGGCCCCACUCAUCAUAGUCACAUGGGCCCCUGAAGGUUGCCCAAAAGGGAAUGCAAGCCCACCCUACCUGGGAAAAGGUUUUCUACCCCAACACAAAGUCUCAGUGUUGACUGGGUUUUUGAAAGAACAUUGCCUGAGACUUUGUAGCAGCCAAGCCAUAGAAGCCAUGUAUAAUUUCAGCCUUUAAAUGCAGGGGCUCCAUAAAUACUGUCUUGGCUUACUCUCUAGCAAUUGUUUUCCCCUACGCCAGAGGAUUUCAGGGGAGAGAUUGCUCUCCCCUCAUGCUACUUUUGUAGAAGGCAAAAGCAGUGGUGGCUUGUGAAAACAAACAAACAAACACCCUCUCAGCUCUCGAGUUCUUGAGGACUUGAGGGAGGGGGUAGGGUCUUGUUCCAGGUUGUGCAAGGAAGGCUUUGGGAAAGGCAAGAAGUGACAUGAACUGUUCUCACCACUUCCUCCUUCCACAGGGAAGGGGAAACUGAUGAGAGCAGUUCAUGCCACCACCUGCCUUCUUUUGAAGUAUUGCACUAUAUCCCACAAUUUCUCUCCAUGUGCUGAAAGAUGGAACGGGCGUUUAAAAAAUUGUUCCAUUUUUGUAUCAUCUGUAGGAGGUUAUAAACAUCCGAUGUAUAAUCUGAAAUAAAUGGGAGCUAUUGGAAAUGCGGUAAGAAUUCAGAUGACAACCUAGUAAGCCGCAUACACAAACUGUUGCUAUUAUACUUAUCCUUUGUGGAGCAUUGGUACCUCUUGUUGUAGGGGGGUGGUUGUGAGUAACCCAACUACGUUUCUUACAGUUUGUGUGAAUCCUGCCUUUGGGGUGGAUUCAGAGCAUUCUGAAGUCUGUGGAUAGUCAUUUUUUGAUCCUUUAAUAAGAGUUGUUUACAUUCUCUGCUUCGCAUCCCAUGUGGACUGCAAGCCUUUUGUGAAGGCGCCAUGUCAGGACUGUGCCCUGUAUACUUCCCAGCACAUUGUCUUAGCAGCAUUAGCACAGUCCUUAAGGACACACUUCUGCUGCUCAGCUAGCACUUCUGCAGACCUUCAGUUAGCCCCAGGUCAAAUCACCUUUCUAACUGCACUUGCUCUGCCUACGCCGUAAUUACCAGUUGGUAAAGAAAGUCAAUUGUGCUAGCCCUCUUUAGAUGACCAAAACACAUGAAUUAAUGAGUGAGAAGAACACAGGACCCCCUUGUUCACAAGCACAUUGAAUAAGGUUUACUUUUUAUCUAUUUACUUAAAGAAGGCCUUGUUAAAUCCUAGAGGGAACUAGUUUACAGGAAAUAAGAGGGGGCAGGGGCGAGAAUUAGAACGCAAUCUGCAUGGGCUAGAUCUGCUCAGCUGGGCUUGGGAAGGUUAUAGGUGGCUAAUAAUGUGGCUGAGGAUGGGUGAUUGAGCUGUGUUGACUUUGGAGUCAGGCAGAAGUCCUAUAAUUGUGUCAGGGCUCUCUGCAUGUACAAGAACCCAUCUUUCUAGCACAGGUGAGAAAGUAUCUUUGUGCUGUAAGCACUACUUCAAAUCUCAUGGGGUGUAUGCGUCCUGUAUCACACAGACACUUGCUGUCCCUGCCAGCUGUAUUGUUUGUUCUUUGAAGGUGCUUAGUAUUUCUGGGAACCACAGCGAAACCUUGACGGCACAUUCAUUUUAAAAUGCAGCUUCGGAGCUUUUUCUGAAGAGAAAUGAACUGUCUGGUCUCUGGAGAUUAAAGUCGAGCUUCCUUUUGGACGAUUAUAGCUCAGGGUUUGGCUGUUACGGGAAAAAAGUAACUGCAGGGCCAAAUCUCGCAAUGCUUUCCUCCUUUGUGUGUUUGUAUACAUAUGUGGGUUGGGCUCUGUGUAUGUGCAAUUACUUGACUCAGUUGGCAUUUGAGAUGCCAAACUUGAGAAAGCAGGUCAGCCUGCAUAACGCUCUUCAGAGGAAUGAAAGUAUAUGGAGCCCUGUACUUUCAUUAAAACUAAUUAAAGCAAUCAGUAAUGCAGUCCAGGAGCAGAUGUUCAAAUUCAUGUAGUAACCUCCCCCUCCUUUUUCCCACUAUAGGAGCAAGAGCAGCUUUAUUUGCGGUCUAGUAUGGUGUCUGCAUCAACCUUUGAGCAGUCUAGUCGCUAUGUCCAACUGUGGGUGAAGAUGGUGACACCUCUGAUUAAGAACUUCUUCUGAAAAAAAAGAUAGGCGGGUCCUUUUGGGGUGAGUUUUGUAAAUUGUUGUUUAUACCCUCCCCUCCCCCCACCCUGGCAAGCACUUUAAUAAACAGGAAAGAAGCACGAGCUGAUUUCUGUAAGAACCAAGGCAGUGUUUUUCCUGCACAGCAUAAGCCUGCUAUCAAAGGGCCUGCAUUGGACGGUCAUUGCAAAACGCUGCGAGACCUUAUUAAUUUGUCUCAAUUUGUCUUGUUCUGGGGAAAAGCUAAAACUCGCAUAUAAAAUAACUGGAAAGUAGUAAAAUGCCAGGCAGGCAUGUGUGAAGGAGAAAUUGAGGCUUCAAAUACACAGUCCUGGUCAACUGCAUGAGGGCUAAAAAGAGUAGAAGGGAAACAGAAGUGCAGAUAUUACAGCUUUGAAUCAGGUGUUCAUCCAUAACACCAAGGUUUAUUUGGACAGUUCCUUAUGUAUUAUUAGGGACCAGGUUCUCUUUGGCAGUAAGAUGCCUCUUACUAUCUAGAAAAUGGCAAUGAUUGAGGUGGGGGCUGAGGCUUUGGUAACUGCUAUUGUAAUGAAGGGAGAUACUGGAGCUCAUCAAGAAUAUAAACCUAACAAAUGUUUAUAUUCUUAAGUAGUGCUAAUGUGACUACCAGGAGCGCCUCAGGCAUUAAACUUGCUCCUGCAGAGCUCCAAGUAGGCCAAAUCAAGAGGUGCCUCCUGGGUUCAAUAAGUUACAGAGGAAGACAUUUGCAUUUUUCAGAAAUUUGGCAUUAUUAUGCCUAACUGGUGAGAGAGUCCCUUCUCCUUGUGGAUUAAUGCUGGUGGAGAUUAGCAAACACAUCUUAGGUGGGGAAAAAACCUGAGAUAAUCAGCAUAUAUUUUCAUACUUAUGAGAACUGAAAAGUCUUCUAGUCAGUUGCAGUGAAUGCUACACAAUGAAAGUGAACUGGGAAAGGAAUCCUGGCCAAUGCGGACAAAUGUACACAGACUUGUUUCUAGUCAUAAACUGCAGGCUUGCAUAAUUAUUGUAAAAAUACUUUAUCAAUAACAACCUGAGUAGCAUAACCACACUUUUGCUUUUUUAUUGAAAACUUUGCAAACAAGUCUUUUUAGUUUCUAUUUCGGGACAGGUGGUGGGGUGACAUGAUGGAGUGGGGGUGGGCGGGUAGGGCUUUGCUUUCAACGCAGGUGUUAAACUUGCAAGAGCAAAGCAACUCCAGCAAGAAUCCACUUAGCUGGCUUCUCUUUUGUCUUCAGGUUGAAGGUCCAGACGUAGGUGGGGCCUCGCAUGCGCGUCUUAUAGACAGGACACUCAUACAUGUUCUUGGUGUCCAUACGAUCCACGGGAAUGGCUUUGAUGAAGAUGACGGGCAUUGAGGGGGUCAGCUCCUUCAGACGUGCAUCACUGAUGACACCGGUCUGAGUAUCCCAACGUGCACCUGCAGGAGGACAGAACUGUGGUGAUGUUUCAGCCUAGAGGGUGCUUCAUUUGCAGCAAGCGUUAAGGAAGGGAACCUCACACUACCAACCUUCUGUCUUUAGAAGCAUGGCUACAGGUAGUUGCUCUGGCUUGAAUGUGCCUUUGCUGUCAUCUCCAUAAUUUACGUAAGAAUUCUGAGCAUUAACAAGCUAGAAAGAGUUGAAUGCACAACUUUGCCCUGAGCCUAUGGCAGUGUUCCUUUGCUCCAGAAAGCUAUAUUCUUCCUUCCACCUUCAUUCAGCCUUGUAGGUAACAUAAACGUCCCUACCUACAGUGACUUGAGCACUAAGGGUUAGGCUUCUUCAGCCCCCCUUUUAAUAUGCGGGGGCAAUAUUACAUUCCUAACCUUUGCCGCACUUAGAAACAGAGUAUUUUAAUAUGGUCAAUUAAGUAGUUUUGUCUGUAAGGGCAGUAAAAUAGGCAUGUGCUGCCCUCUGCUGACAUGCUAAAGUGAUAAUAAAGGCAGCUACUGCAAAGUGUUGUCUGCUUGAUCCUUUCUUGACAAAUAUUUGUGCUUUCAAAACAGACAUAUUUCAGCCUGGAAGUAGUGGAAAUAAUAUUUGCACAAGCUGAAGGCAUCCAGCAAUGAAUGGCAAAUAAUAUAUUUUACUGCACAAAAUUGAUUAAGAAUCCUCUGCUGUUACCAAGCACAAAGGUACAGCUGAAGCAUUGAUGGGGUGCCCUUCUUUUUAAAAUUGUGAUGAUUAUGUAGCUCAGAGCUGUGCCUGAAAGAGGUGGGGCAGGGGAAAGUGGUCUUGCUUCAACGUCCUGGAGGCAAAGAGAGAACCCAGGGACACAAUGUUCUAAAAAUGCAAGAAACUAUAGUAAACACCCUCCCCACCUCUCUCAAAGAAAUAGCACAGAUGAAAUGGAGAGCUUCCCUACAGUAGAAUAGGACAAAGGAGAAACUGCCUUGUCUGCUGUUGAAUGACUGCAUCUCUGUCUUACAUGAUAAGCUAGAUUACCUUCCAUGAAGAGCCCAUGCACAUAGGAGCCUUCUCGAGGGGGAGCUGUCAUAUCCUCCCUGUUCUUCUUGGUAACUUCCACUGAAAGGCACAUUCUGUCAAGAGGCCACUCAUUUUUCCUAGCCAUAGACUGCAUAAUGGCCGUGAGGAAAGACUGAGGGUUAAAGAAGCCUGCUAGCCAUACAGUUGUGGGUAGGGCAAAGUCUGUUGUCCAGGCCUCCAGCUCCUGAAAAUGAAAAUAUUACACAUAGCUAAGCAUGUUGAGGAGGUCCAUGUUUUCUGUUGCACUUGAGAGUCCAUCUCCCAUCAGCCCCAGGCACCACACUCAAGGAACAGGGAUCAUGGGAGGUGUAGUUCCACAACACUUAUUGGGUCACACGUUUUCCCAUUGCUGCUUUAGCAGAAACUACCUCCUAUAAACACAUUAUCUUCACAUAAAGAUUCUGAAAAGCCUAUGCAUGUCUGUCAUCCUAAACAGAUGAUCAAGACUUUUACCUAGUAGAAUUGCAUACAACUACAGCUGUAAAGUAUUCUUGUUAUUUUAUUAAGGAUUGUUAUUAAGGAUAUAUAUAGAAGGUAAAGUUGGAAAAAACAAUGCAAAAGCAAAUAACUGAGUGUUGCUUAAUUAAAAGAUGAUGUGUAAGUGAAAGUUCUUAGCUGUCCUGGUUGUUGCACUGCCAGGACAGCUAAGAACUUGUUUUUUGGAGAGCUUUAACAAAGGAAGCCUCACCCUGAUGCGGAGCAGUAGGUCAGCAUACCAAGCUCCCAAGCUGAGCAAAGAUGGAUAAGCCCGGUUUGUCCAGGAAUCAGGAACAUUGUCAUAGUAAAGAGCAUUUGAUAGAUCUUCCAUGUCUGUUGUGAUUGUCAAUUCUCCCUGUGGGGAAAACAAAACAAAAGCUUUUAAUUGGAUUCCUCCAUCAGCUCAGCACAGCUUUUUGUGGCUAUGCAGACCAUUUGAAGAAUUCUUAGUGUAGUUUUAUGAAAACGGCAUCCCUGUUGAUCUAAGGUUCUGGUUAUGUGAAUGCUUUGGCAUUAAUUACAGCACUUUCAAGAUUAUAUGUUAUGCAAACAAUGUACCGUCGUUCCUCACUUGUGGUGGUGUUUCCAGGCAUUUUCCCUCAUGGUACUGCUGAUGUUGUGGCAAUUUAAAUUUCCCAGCACUUGCAUUGCUGAGAAAAUGAAAUGCACUCCUCCAGCUAGUGCUAUAAUUAUGGGUGCCAGCGCUAAUGCCAAGCAGUUGUGUAACUGAUAUCAAUGAUUAAAAACAGCAAAACACACACACACACAC